UCUGAUUGGCUGGAAGGCAACCUACGUGAUCCAAUUAUAACCCGGUGCGGAUUUUCUUGUUCUUCUUUUCCCCCUUUUCUCCACCCGGAAGUCCCGCCUCUGUGGUGUUCAGGCAGCUGCCUGAAUCCUGGAAGUUUUCAGUCCCCACCCCGGACACCGCACGCUCCUUCCCCCUCCGGCCCAUAUAAAGCCAGCGCACCUACCAGGCUGUCUCCGGGCUUAACAUUUUCCCCCUUGUUGAUGGUUAGACUCUGUGAGAGAAGGAUGAAGUUCCUUGUUGCUGUUACGGUCAUUGUUGGAUCCCUGAUUUUUCUCGCUUUCCCGAAUGGCUCAUCCGCUGACGAGAAGAAGAAAGGCCCGAAAGUAACGGCGAAGGUCUUCUUUGACAUCAAAAUUGGGGAUGAAGAAGUUGGACGGGUUGUCAUUGGGGUGUUUGGGAAAACUGUCCCCAAAACUGUUGACAACUUUGUCUCUCUGGCAACAGGAGAGAAAGGAUUUGGAUACAAAGGCAGCAAAUUCCACAGAGUCAUCAAACAGUUCAUGAUCCAGGGCGGCGACUUCACCAGAGGAGACGGCACUGGAGGCAAAAGCAUCUACGGAGACCGUUUCCCAGAUGAGAAUUUCAAGCUGAAGCACUACGGCCCCGGCUGGCUCAGCAUGGCCAACGCCGGCAAGGACACCAACGGCUCCCAGUUCUUCAUCACCACCGUUCAGACUCCAUGGCUGGACGGCAAGCAUGUGGUCUUUGGAAAAAUCCUAGAGGGCAUGGAUGUCGUGACGAAGAUCGAGAACACAAAGACGGACGGCCGUGACAAACCUCUUAAAGAUGUCGUCAUCCACGAUUGUGGCAAAAUUGAGGUGGAGAAGCCCUUUGCUGUCGCUAAGGAGUAAAUCACUGCUGUAAAGAGGAAUGGUGGGGGAUAAGAAAUUAAGAAGAAUUGGACUUGGGGUUGGGUUGUUGACGGAAUUGCUCUGCCAACCUUGUUAUAUCUCUGCAUAGCCAUGCAGUCCAGGGGAAGGGGCUGCUGUUGGCCAGUUGUUGUUUUUUUUUUUUUUUUUUUCCUU